GCGGGCGUCAGUGGCCAUGGCGGAUACAGCGACUACAGCAUCAGCGGCGGCGGCUAGUACCGCGAAUGCCUCGACCGAUGCACCUCCUUUCCAGCUGGGCAAACCCCGCUUCCAGCAGACAUCCUUCUACGGCCGCUUCAGGCACUUUUUGGAUAUCAUCGACCCUCGCACACUCUUUGUCACUGAGAGACGUCUCAGAGAGGCUGUGCAGCUGCUGGAGGACUACAAGGAUGGGACCCUGCGCCCGGGGGUCACCAAUGAACAGCUCUGGAGUGCACAGAAAAUCAAGCAGGCUAUUCUACAUCCGGACACCAACGAGAAGAUCUUCAUGCCCUUUAGAAUGUCAGGUUACAUUCCUUUUGGGACACCAAUUGUGGUUGGUCUUCUCCUGCCCAACCAGACACUGGCAUCCACUGUCUUCUGGCAGUGGCUGAACCAGAGCCACAACGCCUGUGUCAACUAUGCAAACCGCAAUGCUACCAAGCCUUCACCGGUAUCCAAGUUCAUACAGGGCUACCUGGGAGCUGUCAUCAGUGCCGUCUCCAUUGCUGUGGGCCUUAAUGUCCUGGUUCAGAAAGCCAACAAGUUCACCCCAGCCACCCGCCUUCUUGUCCAGAGAUUUGUGCCGUUCCCUGCUGUAGCCAGUGCCAAUAUCUGCAACGUGGUCCUGAUGCGGUACGGGGAGCUAGAGGAAGGGAUUGACGUCCUGGAUGCUGAUGGCAACCUUGUGGGCUCCUCCAAGAUCGCAGCCAGACAUGCCCUGCUGGAGACAGCGCUGACGCGAGUGGUCCUACCUAUGCCCAUCCUGGUGCUGCCCCCCAUCGUCAUGUCCAUGCUGGAGAAAUUGAAACAUCUCAAUUAGAGCCUGAGAUUGCCAGGGCCACGAGCAGCCGGACAGUGGUGUACAACAAGGGACUGUGAGUGGUGGCCAGCGGCCUGGGGACGGAGCCUUGUCCAGGCCGUAGCACUGGGGGCAGGGAAGGAGACCCAUGGUCUGCACCUGCAGGGAGGGUCCAGCUGACCCCACCAGUCCUGGGCCACCUAGGGGAGCACUCACCCUGCAGUGAUAAGGAGACUAAUCCAUUUACAUUUUAACAUAGGGGACAGGAAUUCUGAUACAUUUCCUAUAACAAAUCAAGUGCAUUUCAGAGCCUUACGUGGGGUUAUCAAAACUCCAUUCAGCACAAUUAUGUGUGAAGCUGAAAAAUGGUAGAGCGCCAGAGGAGUAGAAUUGGGAUCCUUUUAUAUUUUGGUUUCUUUUUAAUUUUCCCUUUUUAUCAGAAUCAGGUCUGAACCUGGGUUGCAGCUGGCUGGAAGGGACAGGUCGACAGGUGGUAGGAGGCGGAAUAGGCCUGGGAGCUGGGUUGGUUUGCUGGCCGGGCUGGUAGAUUUAGGAUAUCAGUGGCCAGGCCAGGUCCCUGGGCUGGCGCAGGGAUGGGAGGAGGGUGGUCUGCACCCCACAGGAUGAACUAGCCACAACUAGGUUCUCAGGAGGUGGCCCAGGGAAUAAAGGAGCACUGGAGACCUCUGGAAGAUUCCGUGGGCAGCUGGCUGUGAACAUGGCCAGCUCUUAACCAUGACACAGGUGCAGAACCCGUCCCUCUGAGUGAAGCCAUGUGACAUGGGCUAGGGUCACCCUUCAUGGAGCCCUAACUAAUUCAAGGCUCCUGAGAUGACCCCAGCUCCAGGCAGGGAACCCCAAGAAGAAACAAUGCUUGGCAAGAACCACGGGCCUGCACUUGGCUUCUGCGGGAAGAUCCUCCUUCUAGGCACCGGGCUGAGGGUGGGGUUGGAGCUGGGCCACCUGCUGUCCUGGGAGCCUCUCCAGCCUGAGGCUGCCUGCCCCAUCCCAUCCUUUCCUGAGUAGGACAGUCUCAUCCCUGAGAGCACCAAGGCCAAAUCCUUAAGCAACUGUCUGAGAGGCAGCAUCGACCGGGAACGGCAGUCCCCAGCUCUGGCUCUGACUGUGUAACCUUGGACAGGUCCAUUUCCUUCUCUGAGCCUCCACCCCCUGUCUGGAACCAGAGGACUGGAUCAGGGGGUUCCCACUGGCUCUUCCAGCUAGACCUCAUCUUUGCCUGUCCUGCUCAGAUGCUGGUCAUCCCAUGCACGUCCCCAACAUGGACACUAGACUGGGAAAGGGGCAGGCCCCUUGGGAGUGGCUAGCAGUUGGCCUCAAAACCUGGACCUUGCCCUUCAGUAUAUGACCUCACAUUCCCAGGAGCACUUGACCUUUGCCAAACACUUCACAGUUCUGGAGGAAAAGGGAGCAUGGAUGCCCGGGCCUGAGUGUGGGGCCACACCUGCCUGCCACCUCUCACCCCCACAGGCUCAGAGCUCCUUGUUGUUGGCUCCCGUCUCCCUCCCAUUUGCAGGCAAGAAGGAGAGCUCUCCAGAGGGAAGCUCUCUGGGUAGGGGUGAGCGAAGUGACUCCCAGGGACAUGCAGCCCCUGGGCCUCCCCUCCCUGGUGACUCUGCCUUGGGAGAAAUCUGGGCUGAAGGUGAACACAUGCAUGUGCAGGAAAAGGCAAGUGCAGGACACCAGGGCGUGCCCACAGGUGGCCUUGCAGCAUCUUAAGGCAGGGCUAGUUUGGUUAGGAGGGUCUUCUGUGGGUAUUGACACCAGGCACCCACCCAGAAGCCCUGGUGCCUUCCCUCAGCCAGUCCCUGGCUACUCACCAGCUAGCUCCGCAGGACGUUGCCCUGAGCGGCCCACUGCUCUCCUGAGGAGCAGCCCAGCUCCUUCCCAUCAGGAAGGGGAGAAGGCAUAGACAAGCGUGGGGAGGAAAACAGCAGAAGGAGAGGGGUGUCACGAUGUUGAAGGGGAAGGUGUUUUUAAGCCAAUCCUGCUGUAAUGUGAAAGUGCCAAUCAAUGACUGCUGGGCUGUGCCGGUCUCUAGGCCUGGACUGGGGACUGGGCACAUCUGGGUCUUCUUUUGAAAAGUUCACUUCAAGCUAACCUGUCACAGGGUCUUCUUGUUCUUGUGUACUUUAUCUUCAUACCAAAACUGCCUACCUGAUUCCACCCAAUCCCCUCCUGGGGCCUGGCAGAGGGGAGCAUGUUGGUUGCCCAGCCCUGCCCCACCCCUGUGACCUCAGCAUCCCAUAAACUAUUUGCUUUGUCCCCCAGAUGGUUUCCAUCAUACUCCCAAAUGCAAUUUCAGGUGAGCUAAGGGGGUUGUUCCUGUGGGGUGCCCUGGCAAAGGAUCCUUAUAGCUCAGGGCAGUGUUGACAGGGACAGCUCUGAAAACCCCAUGAGGGGAAACUUUUGGCUAACACCUGUGCCGCACUCUGCUGACUCCAGAGGCAGACUGGCUCAGGACUGGGGAGGAGGUCAAGCCUGGACCUGCAGUCAGGAGGGGACUAGACCAGCUGUGACAAUACAGGCCACACCUGCAGCUGGUUCUCCAGCUCUGCUAUCCCUGCCCAACCGUCCUCUGGUCACCAGACUUUCUCUCAGGCUUGGCGAUGCCCUUCUCCCACUUCCAGAGAGCAAUCUGAGGGUUCAGGGAUCAGAAGCCCAAGAUAUCAAGAUGGCUGCCAAGUCAAGAUGGCUGACAGACCCCUUUCCACUUCCUUAU